AUGGAACUACGCUGCCUAUCCGACGCCCAGCUCCAAUUAUGGCGCUCCUCCCUGGAGAACGUCCUAUAUACAGGCCUUUUCCCUCCUCUUUGUGUAUUGGGACUCAUCGGAAACGCGUUGAAUCUAAUGGUUCUCUGUAGUAAUGAUAUCAUGUCAAGAGCCAAUGUCUUCUUGGCAUGUUUGGCUGUAUGCGACAUUUGCUUUUUGUUAUUAAUGGUUCCCCAUUCCAUGGCAAAUUUUGACGUCUUCGCUCUCUCAUUUCCAUUUCGAUCUCUCUACCUACCCGCUAAAUUGCAUUUGAUAGCAUUUGCAAAUUGGACCUCAGCAGUAGCCAUCUGGCUGGUGGUAAUCGUGUGUUUUGAAAGAGUAUUGGGCGUCAGAUCUCCUUUACAUCGAUUAGGUGAUCCGAGCCGGAUGAGGAUGUUAAUAGGAAUGCUGUUGCUCCUGAUAACAGCUGGAGCUCUAACAUUCUACAAUCACGUCUCCCAUCAUUGUCUCGUACGCACGAUUUGCAAUGGGACACAGAUCCUGUCGAUUUGCAUGGAUGUUAAUAUGCAUACAUGGCCUGGAAAUCGGCCUAAUUUGUCGCCACCAGCUUUGAGAGCGUAUGUCCAAUGGACAAGGAUGGCCAAUGCGUUACUGGUCGUUCUGGUACCACUCUUUCUUCUAAUCGUCUUGAAUAUAAUGUUGCUGUAUUAUGUGAGAAAGCGGAGUUAUUUUGCCUAUGAAACGUUGGGAAAGGUGACCAAAAAAGUGGAGCGGAAAGGUUCCCCCGCAUUACCGUACCUCACCACAUUAUUUCGAAGGCAUUCUGAUCAGAUUGUGCAACAAAAAACGGAGCACCGCGUAGCUGUCACGGUGUGUGCCGUGGUUACCUCGUUCACGAUAACCCAGGCACCUUCGGCUGUCGUUCUUUGUAUCAACUCGCUAUUUGCUGACCUGGAUUUUCGGUCAACAGAUGCUUGGUAUGAAAUAUCGACCAUCACUUCCUUCCUCGUCGUCAUCGGCAAAAGUCUAAACUUUGUCGUCUUCUGCCUCUCUUCCUCCAAUUUUCGCCACAGGCUUUUCGCCAUGCUUCGCGCCAAAUGCGGCGGCCGAGAAGAGAAAAGACCACUCUCCUCCCUGACAUCCUACACUAGCUGCAGCUCAUCAACGAGACGACUGUCGCCGAAGAAGAGCGUUAACCUU